AUGACGGCGACAGGGCUAAGUGGUGGAGCGGACUUUGACAUCUGUCCGCUCACCGUGCGGUCAACUCCGGUUGGCGACUUCAGCGGCUUACUGACGAACUCUGAUGUUGUUGCUCAUCAUUCCAGCCUCUACGUCGCCAUGCCUCUGCUCGAAGCCAACACGUCCGCCCCGGCCAACACCUUCCUCGUGUUUUACAGCAACGUCGAGAACGGACAGAUGUGGUGCCCUGACUGCCGAGACGUGGAGGACGUUGUCAAGAACGCUUUCGACGCCGAGGACAAGCCGAAGGCCGCCAUCUACUGGGUCGGCUCCCGUGAUCAGUGGCGCGACAAGAACAACGGCGCGCGUGUUGACUUCAACGUCAACUCUGUCCCGACCAUUAUCCGAUACACGGACGGUACCGAGACCGGCCGUCUCGUCGAGGGCGAGAUCCUCGACUCGAGCAAGUUCAAGGACUUUGUCGCCGGACAGUAG